UUAGCUCUCGAUUAUAAGCAGCAUGGAUGGUCAAGGAUUACGUGAGGAAAUAAAUCAAUCAGGGAUGUCAUCUAAUAAUAGUGGUAAAUCAAUUAAUAACGUCAACGAGGAAAAAAAAAAUGUCCAAGAAAAGAUUACAACUGAAGAUAUUAAAAAUGACACAUACAAUGAAGAUUCCUUUAAACUUUACCCUGAAAGAAGAGGGAAGAAGUAUAAUCCUACUUGGUUUGAAACCGCUGUUCUUGGAGAAUCUAGGCGAGAAAUCGAUAAGGCAAAGUGUGAACGGAAUGUAUAUUCAUGCUUGGAGAAAACUGCUAUUCAUGCAAACCAUGGUGACUGGGGCAGUGAAGACACCCAGCCUUACACUAAGUCCUUUGAUUAAAUUGAUGAUGAGUGCUCUGAAAGGUUCAGGAUGUGAAGUGGACAUCAGCCGUCAUAUAUCCUGUGAAGUUUGUGACAAAAAAGUUAGUGGUGGCUAUGACCCAGAAUUGAACCAGGUGGUUGUUUGUCAAAAUGUGGCUCGAUCAGAAUGGAUGGUUCAGGGAGUGUUGGCUCAUGAAUUUGUUCAUAUGUUUGACUAUUGCAGAGCUAAGCUGGACUUUAGAAAUGUUGAUCAUUUGGCUUGUACAGAGGUACGAGCUGCCAAUCUAAUGCACUGUUCCUUCUUGAGUGCAGCGGUUGAGGGUACUGCUUCACCAUUUCAUAUUGCUAAAGCACAUUCAGACUGUGUAAAGAACAAGGCAGUAGCUUCAGUGUUGGCCGUAAGAAACGUGUCCGAACAGGAAGCAAAGACAGCAGUUGAACGUGUUUUUAAACGAUGUUACAACGAUCUUGAACCUGUAGGUCGACGACUUAGAAGAAAUUCAUUGGAUAUGGAAAAGGCAUAUAGACAGCGUUUUCACUAUGGAUACUUUGAUUGACGUAUCAAAUGAUUAGGAACACUGUCUUUACCUUGUGACUGGUGAUAUUACUAUAUUGUGACACCUAUAUAUAUAAUGUAAAAAAUUAGUACUCUAUAAAGUAUUGGAAAUAUUGAACUGAAGUAGAUACAGAAGCAAAGAUCUUUAUAAUCCUUCAGUUUUGUAUAGAACAAGAAACUUCACAAAUAUUUCUUGAUUGAUAACAUACAGCUUUACUAUGCCAGGUUUUCAGACAUUACAUAAAAACAUGUAAGCUUGUAGAAAAGAACCAAGUCAUUCUUUAUUACAAGCAUAACAUUAUAAAUGACAAAAAGAUCAUUCAUCAUGUGUCAAAUUCUAGAAAUGAGUGUUAUAGUUUAUAUAUAAACCUGUAGAAUAAAUUCUAUAUAUUAUUUUAACCUUU